UGUAUCACUUCUCACAAUGUCGCCAUUCAGUUUUGAGUUUUCUGUUUCUAAUCUCUUUUGAUUCCACAAUUGAGGGUGGUCUGGACGCGCUUUCGGUUUUUCUUUCUGCCUUUGGAGAGGGGAAGGGCGCGAUGUGUGCGUGUUUGUUGUUUACCUCGCGUCAGGCCGCCAUAUGACUAUUAUUGGACAGCUCUGUGUAAAUGGGUGGGAUAAGUGGUGUGUGCGGCUCCCUCGCUAUUUGCUUCCGCCUCCGAACAGAAGGAACUUGUGCCAUUAGACAGAUGACAGAUACUGGGAUGGAUUUAACAUUGCACCGUGCAUGGGAAAGCUGAGUUGACAGCGAAAUCAAACACACACACACACAUACACACACCAAAAAAAAAGAAACGUUGUCCUGGCGUCUCGCAGGCAUGAGUGUGGAGGACAUCGUUCACACCGGCUGGCUUAUCAAAUCGCCCCCAGAAAGGAAAUUAAGGCGCUAUGCCUGGAGGAAACGCUGGUUUGUGCUGCGUAGUGGGCGACUGAGUGGAAACCCAGAUGUCCUUGAAUACUACAAAAACCAUCACUCUAAGAAACCACUGCGUAUGAUAAACCUCACCGAGUGCAAUAAUAUUGAAGCCGGGUUGAAGCUCAGGAAAAAGGAAUUCCAGAACAAUUAUGUGUUUGAAGUGAAGACCCCAGCAAGGACAUUCUUCCUGGUAGCUAAAACUGAGGACGAGAUGAAUGAAUGGGUGCGGCACAUCAGACUGAUCUGUGGGUUUGGCUCAAAUGAGGAUGGAACAGAUUCCCUUGGCAGUUCGUCCCCUACCACCUCCUCGUCACUCCAACCAUCUCCUGAUGUGUCAACUCAUUCGCAACAGCCAUUGAAUCGAGACCAAUCUCCCUCAAUUCAAGAUUCCGACACAGAAGCUGGAUCCAGGAGAAGUGAAUCAGACUCCACGCUGUCUGCCUCCAUGCCUCUAGAUUAUCUUAUUUUAUCCCAAUGCGAGACCAAAUCAAUAGAUACAGCCAGAAGCAACAGUUGUUCCCCAUGUGACAAAUCGUUUGAUCAUUCCUUCGAGUUGUUGGGCUCGGAAGAUAUUCAAGAGAAUCUACACUCCAAGAGCAGGACGCCAACAUCGCUGAGUUGCAAUGUGCCUAUGUACAAGAACUUGCAAGAUUCGCAAAUGGUCUUUCAUCCCAAUCAAGAUCACAGUGGACCUUCCUCUGCCUCCUCAUCUCCAUUGUCAGUUUACUCAUUCUCACAAAUCUUUAACUUUGACAAAAACCACAAUGCUUUACCCUUUGGGGUAACAGGGAUUCAUCUGUUGUCCAACACUCCACCUCCACGGCCACCAAAACCAAGCCAACUAGGUGAUCGUGAGAAAUUACACAAAGUGGUUCAGAAUGGAGAUGGUGCCUAUGCCGUCAACCCAGCGCCAUUACCCAAACGAAUCCCUCUUUUAAGUGCGGAGAAAGCAAGAUGUUGGAGAGACACUGAAGAAUGUAAUCUGUUCCCUUUUACUGAUUACCAAGGGAAUUGCAUAACAUCUGCAGAGGAAGUAUUCAAUGCCAACCUGCAGAGACUACCAGCCCAUCACUGCAGUAACUUGGAUAGUGGUGAUGACAGUUACGUUCCUAUGAAUCCAGGAUCUUCUCCAAUAAUAUCUGCAGCUGACUGCACAUCAGAUGGCUACAUUCCUAUGAGCCCGGCUUGUACCAAUCUGGUCUUCCAAUCAGCCACCAUAGACAAUCCACCAUUACCUACGGAUAUAGAACCUCCUCCAGUCAACAGGAACCUCAAGCCUCGAAUCAGAAAGAUCAAGCCACCACCUUUAGAUUUGACGAACUUGUCGACGAUCAGGGCAAACUGCAACCGUCCCGGAGUCAGCCGGACUCGGAGUAUGCCAUUCAGGUGGAGUACAGCCAACUGCAGCAUAUCCGACAGCCAAACAUUAUCAGCCCGAAGCUUUUACAACACCUUCGAUGGGGAUUGCGAAGAAACUUACACUGCAAUGGAACGCUCGAGCUCUGUGUACAAUGGUAAUGGCAGCAAUCACUGGCCACGGACAUUAAACCUUGACUAUCUAGCCUUAGACUUCAAUGCAACAUCUCCAUCUCCUGUUCAGAAGAAACCAUUCCUUUCAUCCAUGCUGGAAGAGCGGGUGGAUUAUGUCCAAGUCGACGAACAGAAGACCCAGGCUCUGCAGAACACUAAGGAGGAAUGGACUGACGUACGUCAAUCCUGUAACAUGUCAAAACCUUUAAAAUGAGGGAUUUUUACUACAACCACAAGCAUUACCAGCUACGAAAUAGAGACGGAAACAAGGCCGAUAUAGUUCUAGUAAUCACAGAUUGCAGGAAUAAGUUAAAAAUGUUCUUCUUUUAAUGAAUAAGUGAAGGUAAAAUGACAACAGGCAGCUUGCUCAUUGUUGAUUCAGUCAGAAAUAUGAAAAUAUGAUUUGAAAAAUAUUGAUAUCUUUCAGACAAUUUUCCAGUGAAGUUUUUGGUCAGGUACUGUGUCAAAUUACACUGAGGAGUUUGCCAAAUGAUUUUUUUUUAACUGAAAAUCCAGUAAGAGAGAUCAAACCGUUAGUGCUGGACACUACCGGGAUUAAAGCAAAGAGUGAAAGAGAAGAAUACAUACAGUAAGAUCAGGAAAAGUAGAUGAAGCUGUACCUGAACUGCAGAAGCAUACUAAUUGUAAGAGGAAUGUCAGGGCUAAGCAAAGGCAGUCUGCAAUGAAUCCUAUCUUCAAAGCACUGGAAAUGUGGGAGAGCCAAAACAAAAAAUGCAACAUAAUGCUCUAGGAUGCAAGAGGGAAAGUUCAUACAAGCAUUAAUUAUAAUAGCAUUAACUGUGGUCUGGAUGAGAGAAACUUUAAGGGCAAGGUAUAACAGGAGCGGGCAUCAAGUGUUCUUGUAUCCAGAAAUGUAAACGGUCUUUUUCAUACACGAAAGUAUUAUCCAAAUUACUUGCAGGAAGUCUCAGCCUGUGAGAAUGAUGCGACAAUUGACAUCGAUAUUUUGAAGGGUAAUUUCAACCAUUUUGAUCACCGAAGGCCGUUUAGCGCAAACAAACUGAACACGUUGGGGAUCUGAAAUGAAAACAGAAAAUGACACAAGUACUCAGCAGGCUCUGCAACGUCUGCAGAGAGUAAAACAGAGUUCAUGUCUCAUGGUAUGGAAGUUAAUGUUUACGUUAAACAUUAACUCCACUUCUCUUUCACCAGCUGGUUCCUGACCUGUUGGGUUUAUCCAACAUCUUGUGUUUUGAGACUGGUUUCAUCUUUUGGUUGGUCACCCUUCUUUGAUUAUGGGGCGGAACUUAAGAAUAGGCUGAGCAAAACUAUUAUGAAGCAAGAUGGCAAAAAAUACUUUCAGAAAAUUGUGCUGAAGCUGCUGGGCGAUCCUGCAAUUCCCAGUGAUAUGCUUCCAAAUCUUCUUUACUUUCCAAUCAAAUUACCUUUUUUUACUGCCUCAUUCCAAGAUGACUAUGUUGCCUGGAAUUAUUAACACACUUAUUGUACUAGUUUAUCAGGUAUAGCCGUUCUCAAACUGGGCAGGUGGAUUUUUUUUUUCCCCGAGUCAACAAAGAACGUAAAGAAUAGAUUUAUAGUUUAACUCAGGAGCAGAGACAGCGUUGUGGGCAAAGCAGGCGUAAGAAACUUAUUCUGAAAAUGCAGGGAAGGAACAAUGGCACUAGGAGAGGUAGAAUGACAGAUUUGGAUCAAGACCCUCUAUUUGAACAAGACCACACCAAAACCAUCAACUUCUUACAGAAGCUGAAAUAUCUGAUGUGCUUUCCCCAUAUUUUCCUAACCUUCUUAUACAAGCAUGGGCAGUCGAUUGCCAUUUGUCAUUAUUAGUGAAGAGACUAUCGACUCUCAGAUCCCCUCACUCUCUCAUUUCAUUAAAUAUUUUCCUGGCCUUAAGCAGAAGCAAUGGCAUUCCCUUCCUUGGGAAAAUAAUAAUCUAAAGAUUAUCACAACCUGUUUUCCUUCUUCAACUAUGUACACAAAUCCUUUCUUUCAAAUUGGGUGGCAUGGUGGCGCAGCAGUAGAAUUGCUGUCUUGCUGCAUUAGACCCGGGUUCGAUCCUAACUACGGGUGCUGUCUGUACGGAGUUUGUACAUUCCCCCCGUGACCACUUGGGGUUUCUCCAAGAUCUUUGGUUUUCUCCCACACUCCAAAGACGUACAGGUUUGUAGGCUAAUUGGCCUGGUAUAAAUGUAAAUUGUCCCUAGUGUGUGUAGGAUAGUGUUAGUGUGCGAGAAUAACUGGUCGGUGCAGACUCGGUAGGCCCAAGGGGCCUGUUUCCACGCUGUGCCUCUAAUCUAAAUGAAACUAAAAUGAAACUAAACAAAUGCAAAAGAUAUUUAUAUGAUCAGCAAACAUGGUGUUGCAACUCCUGAAAGAAACUGAAGUAAAGUCCUUUAAACUAAUGGCGCCUUCAGAAUGGUUUGAUGCUUUUCCUUGUCCCCAGCUCUCCACCAUUGAGGUCUAAUAGUUAGUCUGAAAGGCCAAGCCAUGACAUUGGGAAUGGAAGAGCCACCUCAAAGCAUACCAACUAUUUGCAUAACAAUUUCAUUCUCCUUGAUUUAAAUAUAAUAUUUCUGAUGCCAUUGGUAAUUUUUUUAUUGUAAAUUUUUUUUUAUUUUGGUAAUUUCACCAAUUUUUGCCAUUUGAUAAUUUGAUCACAUGAACAUAACCAGCAAAGGGACUAGAUAUGUCAAUGAAUGACUCCUGGGCCCAGGUUCAAAUUCUGUUUCGAUUUGACCUGAAAGUCUAUGGUAUAUUGAUUUCAGGAGCACUUUGUUUCAAUUAUAUAGACACAGACACAGGCCCUCAGGUCCAUUGAGUCUGCGCAGUAGACUGGCACUACCCUACAUACUAGGGAAAAUUUACAAUGUUUUAUAACGAAAGCCAAUUAACCUACAAACCUGUACGUCUUUGUAGUGUGGGAUGAAGCCGGAGCACCCAGAGAAAACCCACACAGUCACAGGGAGAACGUACAAACUCGGUACAGGCAGCACCUGUAGUCGGGCUCGAAUCAGGGUCUCUGGUGCUGUAAGGCAGCAACUUUAACGCUGCGUGCUGCCCUUAAAUUAAUCUUCUGGUGAAUACCGACAACACAAGCCAGCUCUAAAUGAUAAUCAACAUAAAUUAUUUCACACUAAAUCUCAUAUCUUACACGUGCUUUAUUGUGGUGCUAGCCUUUAUUAAAUCCAUCGUCAAUUUUCAAAUAGUCUGCAAUGCAUGAAAUGUUGAUGGUGAUACGGGAUGGUUUAGAUGACGCUGGCGCUAUCAGAAUCAACGCUGUUUGCAAGAGGAAGUAAAAAAAAUAAGGAAGUUGUUUUUCCCACACUGGAAUGAACACAAGCCAAAUGAAAAUAGUCAAACAGCAGACUGAUUGCUGAGGAACCUUCAAGCUCCAAACCUCCAAUAUAUAAAAUAAGAUGAAUAUUUCUUGACAUUUUACUGCUCCCACUACAUGGAGGAAGUGUCACUUGGGAAAGCAUGUACUCCCAGGCCAACAAUUCGUUUAUUUUGAAGGUAGACCCAAAAUGCUGUGGAACACAGCAGAACUGGCAGCAUCUCUGGAGAGAAGGAAUGGGUGACGUUUCGGGUCGAUACCUCUCUUCAGACCCGCCAUCAGUGAAGAAGGGUCUCGACCCGAAACGUCACCCAUUCCUUCUCUCCAGAGAUGCUGCCUGUCCUGCCGAGUUACUCCAGCAUUUUGUGUCUACCUUCGAUUUAAACCAGCAUCUGCAGUUCUUUUCUACACGAUUUGUGUAUAUUUUUACAUUUAACUAUGGAAAACUAACUGUGAACUGCGUGCGCUCAGAAAACUUUUCACAUGGCAUUCAAAAACCAAAAAUGAGUAGUCCUGGCAACCAAGAAAGAUUACAUAACUGAAUGAUAAAUAUCACAUUUUGUGACUAUCUGCAACUGGGAUUAAUAUUUAACAAGAACGCAAAAGCAAAUUAUUUUCCAAUUUUUUACUCCUUUACAUAAGGGUCACCAUUCCAAAUAAUUAAUAACUAGUGCCAAUACUUCAUUUCUGAGAAAUAAUACAUAGUAUAUGUUCAAACUAAUAAAUAAAAAAACUCAAUUGUGCCAAUAUUUCAUUUAAAGAAUUUUGAAUCGAAUGGCCCUCCUAGCUACCCUGAAGCUGUAAUUACACGUUCAGAAAUACAUUAAUCCAUGAUUAUUGAUGCACACACACAGUGCUGCAGUCGUCCCUUGCAGCCAGAGACUAUUCCAGUAACACAUAAAUUAUCAAAACAGAAAAUGAUUGAGUUCCCAUUUCGAUCUUGAUUAUAAGUAACUUUUAAAUUAGUAUUUCAUUACAAACAGGCAGAAAAGCCACGCAAGUGCUUCCAUAUAUAACGGGCGGUGCAAACUCUCUGUCCACACGGCUCUCGGCAUCCAAUGAACUCAGACAUGUUUUAUUUAGCCGUCAUCUUACUUCAGCCCAUUGUAAACAUUCUGCCUCUUUCACCUUAACUCUGAAUGUCGUUAAAUUAGUGCGGGUUGGAUAAGCUCGUCAAAUGAUGCUUUUGGUGCGAUAUUCUGCAGGAUAUUAUUUCUGAAUUAUAUCCUUCCAGAAAUACAACAAAAAGGUCACACCUGUUGAUUGUUCCCCAGUUGUGGCCUAGUCAAAUUGUAAAUUUUGAAGCAGGACUUCCUUCUCUCUGCACAUCGGCCCCUGUGUAAAAAGUCAACACACUGCUUGCCUUUCUAAUUGCUAUCUGUCUUUCUGUAAAUCAGGCCUAAAGGCACCUACAUCUAUUUGAACCUCAAUUUUUAAUAGAAGCUCUCCAGUUAAAAACAUAUAUUCUCAUCUGCCCUUGGUGUACUUAAAAUAACCACUACUUACAAUGGACUCAUUUAAUUGGGUCAUGAAAGAUGAAAAAAAUAUCCUUGCUUUAAAUGACAGAACAACAAAACGAUGACAAAGAUGACAAGCUAUACAUUUUGGAAAUAUUAAAUAAGAAUAAAAUGCUGUAACACACUGAUUCUCACUCAUGCAAAGCGAACCUUCCUUGAUAUUUAUUCCAAUCUUAUCAAAAUGUCAUUCUAUUUUGUCCUUGGGGGCAAGAUACUAAGGAGCAGACUGAUAAAUGGGAAUGACACAGAUGAAUUGUGAUCUAGUUCAAUGGCAAGAUGAGUUAACAGGGUCAAUGGUCCAAAGCUGUUUCUAAAAUGCUUAAUGUUAACCUGAUCUAACGCUCAGAGGAAAAGGGCAAGGUGAUUGCUAGUAAAUGUACUCAUAUCAACUUCUUCACGUAGGGAGAAAUCAAUACAAAAGGUGUCCUCGUAAAUGACAUAAGAUGAAUGGAACACUGGAUCUGAGCUCAACUCUAGUUUAUAUGUGGAUACAAGGAACUGUAGAUGCUGGAUUACAAAAAAAGGACACAGAGUCCUGGAGUAACUCAGCAGGUCAGGCACUAUCUCAGGAGAACAACUUUGGUGGCACGGUGGCGUAGCAGUAAGUAAGGCUACUGCCUUACAGGGCCAGAGACCUGAGUUUGAUCCUGACUACAUGUGCUUGUUUGUACGGAGUUUGUACGUUCUCCACCCUGUCAUGCGUGGGUUUCCUCCAAGAUGUCAGGUUUCCACCCACACUCCAAAGACGUACAGGUUUGUAGGUUAAUUGGCUUGGUGCAAAUGUAAAUUGGCCCUAGUCUGUGUAGGACCAGUGCUAGUGUGUGGGGGGUCGCUGGUCGGGUGCAGACUCGGUGGACCAAAGGGCCUGUUUCCACGCUGUAUCUCUAAACUAAACUAAACAUGGAUGGGUGGGGUGACAUUUCGGGUUGGGGCCAUCCUUCAGACUAUAGGUAGUUGGUUACCAUGGGUCUGAAAAAUGGUCCUGAUCCAAGUUAUCAGUCACUUAUCUAUGUUCUCCAGAAAUGCUGCCUGACCUGCUGUGUUACUCCAGCAUUCUGUGUCUUUUUUUUACAAGUUUAUAGGAAUGGAUGAAAACCUUUGCCCAUAGGCCACAAGAGAUUUACCUGCAAGGUGUUUAAUGGAUAAUAAACUAUCCAUGGACAGUAAACUGUUUAAUGGAUAGUAACUAUCCAUAGUAAACUGAUGGGGUUCAAACAUGGCAUUGUUUUCCUAUGAGACAUAUGGAGCUGCAAUGAUCCAAUUUUGGUGAAUAGUGCAACCAGAAGCAUCUGUUUAUGUCCCUUUUAUAGAAGAUGACAGACCUACUGUAUAUUUCCAUCAUCUUACGUUUUUUAUUUCAAAUGACGUUGUCUAUCUGGAAUCAAAGAGAAGGGGAAGGGUUGGUACUCAAUCUCAAUUCAGUCAAUCUUAGUCAGCUGUCUGUAAAUGGAACCUCAGGGACCCAAGAAACAUCCUAUCUGCCAAGGACCACAGUUGUCAGAACAGUGCUGUGAAAAAAGCUGGGAAAUUGUAUAAUGCCACUUCAUAUCUUUAGGUAUUACAACACAAAUGGACAGAGAGGUGCUGGUUAUGGAAGAGAUAACCUAUUGAUAUAAAAUAGCAUCGAGAAGUUGCCAGAUUUCCUUUUAAAUCAACUCACUAAAACAACGAAAAUGUAAAUAUAAAGUGAAUUGAGCACAGAUGUCGAAAGAACUGUUCAAAUGAUUUGAGCAUUCCAUCUAAGAUAGACACAACAUGCUGGAGUAACUCAGUGGUACAGGCAGCAUCUCUGUAUAGAUGGGUCAAGACCCUUCUUCAGACGUCAUCCAUUCCUUCUAUGCAGAGAUGCAGUCUGUCCCGCCGAGUUACUCCAGCAUGUUGUGUCUAUCUUCGGUGUAAACCUGCAUCUGCAGUUCCUUCCUGAGCAUUCCAUUUCAUUUUUUAAAACAUUUUAUUCACUGCUGAAUUGUCACAUAAGCAAAAAGAAAUUCAGAUUGUUGGCAAAAUGACUGAUUUUUAUCAAGAACAAAGUCAGUUUGCCUUGGUAUGAAACAUGUAUUUCAUCUUGUUUGUUUACGUUAAAAAUAAUUUCAGAAGUUAUUGACAAUAAGAGGAAAACUAUCUGACUCAUCCUUGCUCACCUAUUCAGAGAAGCCUUUUACAUUUCAUUACCAAAUGCAGCUGUGUCUCAAGAGACUCCAAGGCUUCCAACUCAAAACAAAAUGAUUCAGAACUUCAUUCCAUUUGUUAAUCACAACUUGUGUAGAGUACAUUGAUGUCAGCCCAAUCUUUGCUCCACUGAACUAGCACCACAUGUCCACUCUCACAAUAUUUGUGCCGAACAUGAUGCUUAGAUAAGCCAAACUCAUCUGCCUGGACAUGAGCCAUAGUCCUCCAUUUCCUGCUUACCCAUGUACCUAUUGAAAAGCCUAUCACACGCCACUGUCCUACCUGCCUCCACCACCAUCACCCCCCCCCCCGGAAAUGUAUUCCAGGCGCCACCAGCCUCCGAGAAAAAAAAAAUCUCGUUUAAACUAAUAAUAUAUGUUUUACUUUAUCAGCCUUGCACAUUUCUAUGGGAAUCAGCUGGAAUACAGCCAAGGAUAACUUUGGAGUUGCAAUUACUCUGGGCAAUUUGAAGCCAUAUGACUACAUAGGGUUGGUCACUAAUUAAGACAAAUCCAAUCUGUUGUUUUAUACCUUUCUUCAGGUUAUCAUCUUCAGGGAAGGAAAUUCUUUUUUUUUUUUUAAAGAGUGGGGAACAACCGUUUAGCAAUUUCUCAGAUCUGAAGCAUUAAACAUCCAAUAUUGACCAAAGUUCCUAAUUAUGAAACUUUCCGAACAUUUCAGAAUAAGAGGGAUCUGAUAGGGAUCAUAGAUUAGAUGAGGUAUUGC